AUGGAAACGGGCAAUACUUCGAAUGCGGCAUCGCAAUCGCCCAGCUCGAGCACUCCGGGAAAGCCACACCCUCCUGGGGGGCGACAACGAGCCAUCUUCUCAUGUCUGACUUGCCGGCGGAGAAAAGUGAAAUGCGACCACGCCCAUCCAGUCUGUGGGGCUUGCGCUCGUGGAAAUCACACCUGCACGUAUGCUUCGGAUCCAGGAACCGUUCCGGCAAACCCCGGACGGGUCGCUAAGCCCGUCAUCUCCACUAAUGGGAAGGGUGCAAGAGCUUCAGACGUCCAGGCCAGGUUGGACCGACUGGAGGCAUUGCUGCACCAGGCCGUCACGGGAAAUGUUCUGGCGAAGAAGCAGCAGCAGCAGCAGCAACAACAACAAAGCGUUGGGUCCGUUGAACAUGAUUCCGAGCACACCUUCUCCCCUUCGUCGAAUAGUCAGAGCUCACAUGGCGCUGGCAUCUCGUCAGAUACUCAUAAUGGGACCCUGUUGCUCGAUGAGGGCAAAUCACAGUUUGUAUCGUCAUUACACUAUGCCCUUCUGGCUGACGAGGCCUUGCUAGGCGAAAAGAACCCAGAUGAGGACCGAAACGGACCCACUCGCAACAAUCUGGUGCACUUACUCUCCCUCGGACGCUCCAAGGUUGGUGUCGAUCUGCAACAGCUACUACCCCAGGCUCAACAUCACCGUGACGAACUCCUUCAAAUUUACUUUGCCAACGUGGAUCCCAUAACCAGGAUCACCCAUACUCCGUCAUUGGUCCGCAGAUUUCCGCUUUACGUACAGGAGACUCGACCUAUUGCUUUCGCCAUCUUCUUCUCUGCAGUGAAUUCUCUGCCUCCUGCGGUGUGCGAGGAGAAGUUCUCCGAGAGCAAAGAAGAUCUCCUCACACGCUACGAGUUGGGAAUUGAAAUAAGUUUGGCACGUGAAAACUACCUUACCACUUCAAGUCUAGAGGUCCUCCAAGGUUUGAUAUUGUGGCUCACAUGUCUGACGAAGGAGGAGGAUAUGGGAAAGGCGUGGGCUCUGAUGGGUGUUGCGAUUCGGAUUGCUUUGAAUCAAGGCCUCCAUCGCGAUCCGUCUCUUUUCCAAUCGGGCUCGAUGGAUGCUGUCACCACGGAGCUACGACGGCGCCUCUGGUGCCAAAUCUGCCAUCUGGAGUACCGUUCAGCCGAGUUCAAAGGCCAAGAACCGUCGAUCCGCGACGACGACUUCACCACAAUGUUACCGCGGAACGUGGAAGAUGACGAGCUCGUAGAAGGGGCUCCUGCCGACUCGGCUCCCUAUGAUGAAGAGAGAUUCACGAAUAUGACGACCCAGCUUGUCCGCUUCUACGGAAUACGAGCUUUACGACGAAUCAUACAGAGCACCUACAGAUUAGAGCGGCGGAUACUAGAGAGCGGCCUUCGUCAAACCUCAUGCCCAGACCUCGUGCAAGAGCUGCAAAACAUCUACCAAGGAAUCAAGAUCAUGGUGGAGGAGUUGCAUCGGAACAACGAGCAAAAGUUCCUGCGGUUCUGCAAUCCCCAGAUUCCUCUCCAUAGACUCUGCAUUGGACUCGCUAACCUGCUUGAAUGGCGGUGUUACCUACUGUUUUGGUUGAGGAUGCCCCGCGCUUAUCGGGACAUUGUGUUUUCGAACGAUGUCCGCAGGUCGAUAUUCGAAAACAGCGUUAGUGUUGUUGAAACGCUGAACGGCGCAAGUGUCGACCCUAGCGUUGCGCGUUUCCACUGGCAAAUCGGUGGUCAUGCGGCCUUCCAAGCCAUCAUGCACGUAGUCUCCGAGCUCCAGAAUCCAACAUUUGAGCCUCCGGACCGCCAGCGCGCCCUCCGAGCUCUGCGCCUUUCGCGGAUCUUGAAAGAAGACAACACCUCUAAAGCCUGGGGCGUUGUCAAGAGCAUGAUUGACAAAGUUGUAGGGGAACAACUUGUCUCUCAGCCUACUCUCGCGUCCGUCCAGACGUCUGCGGCCCCAGUAACGUACAGUAGUGCUCCCGCGCCAGCCGUGCAUCAACCCACAGUCCAGACUCAAUACUCCGACUACCCUAAUUCCACUUCGAUGUAUCCCUCAUUCCAACAAGCCUCCAACGCAUAUGAUGUACAACAAACACCAGCAGUAUCCCAACCAGACGCCUUCCAGCCUAUGGGUAUGCAGUUCAAUUGGGACGAUAUCAAUCUCGGCAACAUACUUGCAGACAUCCCGCAACAAAACCAAGAAGCGCCUGCUUUCGACUGGGGCUUCUGGGGCGAUCCUGUGAGUUUCAAUGAUCAGAUGGGUAUCGCUCUUCCUGCGGACACGGAUCUUUAUGCACCGUUUGAUACCUGA